AUGAACUUCACAUCACUAUUAGGAAACAAUACGGAGCAAAUUCUGAGUUCCGAAAUAAUUUCAAAGACACAUGAGGUGCUGGAAGCAUAUGAAAUUGCCAGAGACGUAUAUAAACAAGCCGGAAAAGCACUUCGAAAUGCUGCCACAAAGGUUGAGGAACUUGGUCAACUUCUUCCAGAGGACAUGUGCAUUCAAUUACCCAAAGAAUUAUUAUACGGACUACCGUCAACUUCGUCUUCAAAAAAGUCAUCAGUUCAAACCUUAUCUUCUCAUAAAUCUCAUGCUACUUUUUCGCUUCCAUCCGUAAGAAAACGAGGAAGAAAAUUACGUCGGCAUCGUCGUCAUUUAGUGAAAAAGAUACGAACUCAAAUAAUCGAGUCGGAAGACGAGUUUAAUGAUAGUACUUCUGAUUAUAAUAAAGACUCUUCAAGCAAUGAGAUGGGAAAUAGUAAAGAAAUUAUCCUGCUAUCAGAUUUAGAAUAUAUCGAUGAUAGCGAGGAAAAAAGUGAGUCUUCAAGAUCAGAAAAAUUGCAAAGCAAUAGAGUGCCCAGUAAGACGAAAGAAUUAGAAGAAAUUUCACCAAUAAUUGGAACGACGAUCGAUUCGAAAACGAAUGAAUCCAAGAAAGGUAUACUUGAACCACCAGCUAGCAAUUUUACUACACCCGAUUUGAGAUCAGAUUAUGGUUUAAAUUCAAAAUCACCCGAAUUACCGAAAUGGGAUCAUAUGACAGAUAAGACAGACGAACCGAAUAGAUCAAUCGAUUCACGAUUAUCACCAAUCUCGGAAAAUUCAUUCCACACGUCACCGAAAAUGAAAAAUGCAUCACACAAUGACGUGAAGAAAAAAUCUGAGUCAAUGACUAGUGAAUCCAGUGUUCUAACAAAUAAAAUGAAUCAUCGAUACGAUCCUUAUCCAACGCCACGACAGCAAUCCUUUGAAUCAACCACAUCAACUGUUUCAUCGUCCAUGGCGACGUCCGGACAGCACGCAACGCUUCAUAGCUUCUUUUUGAAUGGAUUGCCACAUCAAAGUUCAGAUGCAUCAAAUUGGUUUCAAGAGGUUACAAAACACACAUACACACCUCAACCCUUGUCAGCCGAAGAUAAUACAUUAAUUAACGAAUUUAUAAAAUAUGCGGCACCUCGUCUAAAGAAUCCACGAUGUACUCAAUCAGAAAUCGCACGAGAAAUUAUUCUAUUGUCAAAUAACACGUGCAAAAUGUCACAAGGUUCUGUUUCGACGAUGAUGCGACGUAUUUCGGUUCCAAAACCAGCAACCACUAGAAGAGCGAUCCAGAAUUGGAUUAAUAACGAAAGAGCAAAAAAAGAGCACCAGGAAAAAAUGAAUUUGAUGUGGAAAACCACAAACAAUAAUUGGAAAUAA